GUCUGCGCAGUCAACCACGUGUAGGCAACAUCGUACAGUGGCAGAUCGAUUAAUCCAGGUCUGGAUAGACUGUGGAUAUGGAAGAAUUACCUGAAGAAAUCAGAGUAUUCCUUAUCAAUCACCCGCUUUUUCAGCUGACAGGUGACAAAAAGAUCAAAUGCACUCUGAAUGGCCAUGAGCUUCCUUGCGACCUGGGGGAGCUGCAGAGUUACACCGGGGGGAAGAAAUAUCAGAAACUGAAGGCAGCAGCAGAGUUCAACUUCAGCCUAUAUGAACCACAUCUUGUGCCGAGCACGAAGCAGCCUAAUAGGCUCUUCUGUAAACUGUCCCUCCGACAUCUCAACCGGGAACCGCACCAAGUUUUAAAACACGUCAGUGGGAAACGCUUCAAGAAAGCCCUUGCUGAAUAUGAGGAGUGUGUGAAACAGGGGAUUGAAUUCGUUCCAGCCAGACUGAGACAGAAAAAGCCCAAACACAGAGAAGAGGAUUUCAAUCGAGAGAAGGUGUCGAAACAUUCAAAGAGCAUGUGGGCACCGAAUUCCAGCGAUGAAGGGAGCAGUGACUCGGAUGACAGCAUGAGUGAUCUUUAUCCUUCCUCCAUGUUCACUUUAAAAAAUCCAGAAGAGGAAACUGUAGAAGGUGGUGGAGAUAAGGAGGAGGACGACUUCCAAACAGACGAGGAUGAGCAGAUGGAGAUGGAAACACAAGAGGUACAGAAACGCAAAAAGGUACAAGGCCGUGGAUUUCAGAAGAAGUUCAGAAAUGACCGGGGACAAUCCAGACUCAACAAAUGUGGAAAAGUUUAUGGAAAAAAUGGAAUAUAAAAAUUUGAAAGCA